GGAAGUGUAGUUGGAAUAGAAAUGUAAGAGUACAGGCACAUUUAGAAACGUUUUGGAAUUCUUACAUCGUCAUUUUCCUUUUCCUUUCGUUACAGAGUUAUGGAAACCAGCGCGAACACCUCGUGACACGUCUAUUAGCUCUAUAAAGUUUGGAAAGAAAAGAAAUUUAUAAGCUGAAGCAGCAGAAGAAUAGUCAAAUUCAAGUUCCAAAUCGUAAAGAGUUCAACAAAAGGCUUUUAUCAACAGUUCUGGAAAACCUCAGUUUUAAAAUGUGUUGGAAUUCGAUUCUACGAGUGGAUCCUUGUUGUUUCCUUUUGAUUUCCUUACAGCCUUCAUGGAAACUGGCAGGAACAUUUCCAGACACGUCUAUUAUUCUAUAAGAGAAAGCCAUCUCUAAUAAGUUUGGAAAGAAAAGAAAAUUUAUAAGGUGAAGCAGCAGAAGAAUAGUCAAAUUCAAGUUCCAAAUCGUGAAGAGUUCAACAAAUAGCUUUUAUCAACAGUUCUGAAAUGGCAGACGAUUCCACAUAUGGUGUUUCUGGAAAACCUCAGUUUUAUGUGGGAUUGGACAAAUGUAUUGGAGAUUUGAGGGGACUGUUAUUCCAUAGCGAGGUGUCAAUUGUUGGGUUGCAAUGCAUGGGAGGCGGUGGAAAAACUACUCUUGCUUUGGCUCUCUUGAAUGAUCCUCAAAUAAAAGGAUACUUCCGCGAUAAUGUCAUUUUCAUCACCGUAUCGCAGUCCCCAAACCUGAUGGGAAUUUUAGAGACUAUGUGGGAAAAGAUUGCUGGAAGGAAGAGACCAGAAUUUCAUAAUUUGAAAGAUGCACAUAUGAAGCUGCAACAAUUGAUUUUGAGUCAAUCCAAACCAACUCUGGUGAUUUUAGAUGAUGUAUGGUCCAGAACAAAUUUGGAAAAUUUUCUAUUUGAAGGACCAGGUUACAAAACCCUUGUAACCACUAGAGACAAUUCCACUAUUCCAACAAGCCCGACUACCCAGCUGUAUCAGUUGCCAUUGUUGUGCCCAGAGGAUGCGCUGUCACUUUUCUGUUUCUGGGCUUUUGGACAGCCAUCAAUCCCAAGCACUGUAAAUGCGAAUAUUGUAAAACAGGUGCAAGCAAAAUGUGGCGGCUUACCACUUGCUCUAAAGGUGAUCGGAAGCUGUCUGCAUGGGGAACCACAUGAGGUUUGGGAGAGGGCAAAGGACAAGAUUUCUAAAGGAGAAUCCAUAUCAGAUUAUCACAAAAAUGGGCUUAUUCGAUUAUUGGAGAUCAGUAUCGAUUCCUUAGAUGAUGUAGCCAAGGAAUGCUUCCUAGAUUUAGGAUUAUUUGCAGAGGAAAGGAAAAUAUGUGCUGGCGCGCUGCUGGACAUUUGGGUUUAUGCUCGGAAAAUACAGUGGCAUGACGCUUUAUCCAACUUAUCGGAUCUUGCAAGCAGAAACCUGUUGAAUUUGACUAGCACGCCAAGGAGAAGAGUAGCAAUCUCACAUGCAAAUGCCUCGGAGCUGUACUUUUCUCAGCAUAGUGUAAUGCGUGAAUUGGCCCUUCAUUUGGGAUGCCGAGACGGUGUAGUCGACAGGAAGAGGUUCCUGAUGGAUCAGAAGGAGCGCAGUUUGCGGGAAAAAUGGGAGUUGCUUAAUCAUAAUGCAUGCGAUGUUCAAGUGCUCUCCAUUCACACAGGUCCCAUGGAGACAAACAACUGGUAUGAGAUGAAUUUACCUGAGACAGAGGCUCUUUUGUUACUCUUUACUUCAAGUGAAUACUCUCUUCCCCCAUUUCUGAAGUCCAUGAAGAAUCUAAAAUUUCUCAUGGUAUUGAAUUAUGGAGCAAAGAGGGCGACUAUAAAAGGUCUAGAUGUUUUAUCUUCACUUCCUCAACUCAAGAGUGUCCGCUUGGAGAGGUUGAGUGCACCAACUGUUCAUAAACAAAGCAAAGCACCACCAAACUUAGAGAAGGUAUCUUUAAGCUUAUGUGAAGGAUUUGAAUAUGCAUUCACAUUCAAUAGUAUCAAGCUGCGGUAUUUUAGCAUUGAUCACUCCAGCAACUUAGAGGAGGUGCCCCUCAGUGUCUGCUAUAUGCCUUCUGUUCAGAUGUGGUCUGUUAGCAACUGCCAUCUGGUUCAGAAGUUACCUUCUGACCUUGGGAAUAUGAGCUCUAUGAGAAUCCUAAGGUUAUCAGCGUUACCAGGUUUAAAAGAACUUCCACCAUCAAUUGGAAAACUUCGGCUUUUGGAAUGUCUAGACAUCUCAUUCUGCGAGGGGCUCAGGGAACUUCCAGAGGAAAUAGGGCAACUAAAGAAGUUGAGUGAGUUUGAUAUGAGAGAAUGUUCUCAUUUGACGAGACUACCUAGAGCUGUUUGUGCACUAAGUUCCCUCGAGCUAGUAAUCUGUGAUGAGAAGAUUGGCAAGCAAUGGAUGAGGGCCAAGAACAUUUCAAUUCCAGAGCUUCGAGUUGAAAUUGUGGAACCACAGUUUAGUCUGGACUGGCUUGAUGAUUGACGUCCUUUCUUACCUCUCAUCGUGAAGCAGAAGUUCUAAUUAACUUGACAAGUACCAUACCAUACAAGCUCUUCUCUAUUUUCAGCCUAUAGUAGAUCCCAAUCCUAGUUAUGAUCAUUAUUCGUUGUAUUUGUGGUCAGUAAACACACUUUAAUAUUUUGUCCUUGCAGCCCAACUUAUACUCCAUCCGAAGACAUUUCUUUGUCUUGUAUAAGUCACGAACUGGAUAUCUUGUAACUUCGUAGCAGGUAUAUGCCUGAAAUUACACGUCUCAGUCGCUUAGACUGUCUGCAGAUAGUACAAAUGCAGAGUAUAAAUAAAUAAAUAAAAAUAGUCUAUGAGAAACAUUUAACGUGCUAAAUGAAAAGAAAGGAAUUUGAAAUGUAAAAGAGAGCUAAAAUAGUCUGUCUGCAGAUAGUACAAAUGCAGUGUAACGUGACCAAA